CUCUCCUCAUCACGUCUCGUCGCUGUCCGGUGGAGUCAUCCACCCCAUUCAUCUUGGAUACCCCGACUGUUUCUUUCUCUCCCGCCUCAACCGAUUGAGGGCCGCGUCUGCGCCCUGUCUACAUCUAUCCCAAGCAGAGCCAAGUUCCUUGUUCGCUGCCAUCGCGACCUCAGCUUCCCGUCGUCUAGCCGACACGAUGGAGGACACCUCUAUCAUGCCUGGGGCGGAGGAUGCCCACGCGCUCAACUUGGCCCAAGAUGCCCCAGGUGAUUUGAUCUCUACUUCUGACGCUCCCGCUUCACCAAAGCCCCAGAACGAUGGCGAACCCGAGGACGAAGAGAUGGGCGGCACCGAGACGGAGACGAAGAAGGAAACCGACGGAGGAGACGACUUGGCCGACGUCGCUGCACAGUCUGGUGCUGAAGGUGCCGCGGAAGAGCAACCAGCGCAGGCCAAGGCAUCGGUGGAAGCCUCCGCACGCUCGCAUCUCGUUUCGCAAACCCACGCCAUCAUCCUCCCCAGCUACUCCACCUGGUUCGACAUGCACCUUAUCCACCCCAUUGAGAAGAAAGCUCUGGCAGAGUUCUUCAACGGCAGAAACCGCAGCAAGACCCCCGCCGUCUACAAGGACUACCGCGAUUUCAUGAUCAACACUUACCGGUUGAACCCCAUCGAGUACCUCACAGUCACUGCCUGCCGCCGCAACCUUGCCGGAGAUGUGUGCGCGAUCAUGCGCGUGCACUCUUUCCUGGAGCAAUGGGGCCUCAUUAACUAUCAGGUGGAUCCUCAAACGCGCCCGUCCAACAUUGGCCCUCCGUUCACGGGUCAUUUCAGAGUGGUCGCCGAUACCCCGAGAGGACUCCAGCCCUUCCAGCCCGGGCCUAACCAUUUCGUCAAGCCCGGAAAGCCCCUGCCCGCUACCGAUCGCGCAGCAUCAGCCACGCCGGCUACCAAGGCCGAUUUGAACCUCGAAAUUCGUCGCAAUGUUUACGACGACAAGGGCAAGGAGAUCACUCCUGCCGCCGACGACAAAGAGAAACAGACCAACGGCGAAGGCGCAGCAAACGGUACGACAGGCGAUGUGAACAAGGCGUUGGAGAGUGCUUCCAAGGAGCCGAGGAAGAAGUUCCAUUGCUUCUCUUGCGGUAUUGACUGCACGCGCCUCAGAUUCCACUACGCCAAGGCAACCCCGGCCACCGCCAACCCCGCCGCACCGGACAGCAAAUACGAUCUCUGCCCCAACUGCUUCCUGCAGGGUCGGAUGCCGUCCAGCCACAGUGCUUCCGACUUUGUCAAGCUCGAAGAAAGCCCAUACACCAUCGCCCCCGAUAAGGAGGCUCCGUGGUCAGAUUCCGAGCUCAUCCUGCUGCUGGAGGGUUUGGAGAACUUUGACGACAACUGGGAACAGAUCGCCACCCAUGUUGGGUCCCGGACCAAGGAGGAGUGUGUGAUGAAGUUCUUGCAGCUGGAGAUCGAAGACAAGUACCUGGAUGACAUGCCCGAGAUGCGGGCGGCGAAUGGCCGGGAGCCGAUCAGCCAGACUGAGAACCCCGUUUUGUCGGUGGUCGCUUUCCUGGCACAGAUGGCUGAACCGGCUGUGGCUGCUGCUGCCGCCGGUCGCUCCGUCGAGGAGAUCCGCAAAGAACUGCGGAAGCAGCUGGAGAAGGGCUCCGGGGCGCAAGAUAAGGGCAAAGAGAAGGAGGGUACGGCAGUCAAGGCCGAGGAUUCCAUGGACGUGGAUAUUACUCGGGAUGAAGCUGGACAAGCCCUGGAGGUUGCUGGCUCGGAUAAGGCCAAGGCCUCUCUCCCCACCGUGGCUCUUGCCGCCUCCGCCGCCCGUGCUGGAGCCCUGGCUUCUCACGAAGAGCGGGAGAUGACUCGCCUGGUCUCGGCCGCCGUCAACGUUACGCUCCAAAAGUUCGAAAUCAAGCUGCAGCAGUUCAACGAGAUGGAGGAGAUCAUCGAAGCCGAGCGCCGGGAACUGGAGCUUGCCCGCCAGCAGCUCUUCCUCGACCGGAUGUCCUUCAAGAAGCGGGUCAAGGAAGUCCAGGAUACCCUGCAGUCCAUCAGCCUGCGGGGACCGGGCGAGGAGACCAACGCUCUGCUCGCAGAUGCGGCCACGGCGGGGAUCGGAAACCGCUACAACUUCCAACCGGCAGGAGGAGAUGUGAGAGGCGUGCAGCCGCUGAGCGCAGACACAGGGGCCGACUACAAGACGUUGGACCUGUAAUGUACGAACGACAUGCUUUCAACAGUUGGAGAAAUUCAUAACUUUUUAACGACCGGACACAGGAGCCGAGUGGGAUUGCUUUCAUAAUAUCCAUUGUAUUGUACAAUAUCAUAGGGCCGGCCGAGGUAGACCGCCGCGUGGUGAUGGUGAUGGUGAUGGUGAUGUGAUGGAUGACGGGUGCACUAUGGUCUGAUUUCAAUUUUUUCGUCGAUCUACAAUCAGCUAGGUAGGAAAAGGCGCAAUGUUUUGGAGUUCCGAGCUUGCGUAUCGUGAAUUUUAGUUUCGGUUUGGCUUGUUGAAUAUUAUAAAUUGAUCGUUGAUUUGUAG